UGCCGAGGGUUGGGGCUGCUCCUUGGUGUGCUGUUGGUGGCAGGUGGGCUGCGGUCAAGGUCCCUGUGGGCCUGGCUUCCGUCUUUAGAAGGGAAGGCUGUGAUUGCUUUUAUGGAGUGGAGUGUGCUAGCAGCUCAUUCCCUUCCUGCUCUGGAGGGGGUAAGGCCCCUUCCUCUAGCCUUGCAGCCUUUAGCGUGUAAAAGAGAAGGCAGAGCCUGUGGAAGGCAACGGAUAGGUGAACCGUGGUGUUGACGCUGGAGGAGAGUUGACGCUGCAGCUGUUGACCUGCAGGGCAGACCACCUCUGUUGUCUUGGAAUGUGACCUCAGGACAGGCACAACUUAACGUAUUUGAAUUUUGUUUAUUGUGCAGUGUUUGUUCUUUGCUGCUGGAGGAAGAUGGUGGAUUGACCCAAGAAACUGAAGUUGUUGAAUAUCCACCAGUCAUGGAUAAGGGCAAUUAUAUCUGUUGGGCAUCACACACCUGUAAGAUUAUGUAGCAACUAGGGUUAAUUAGCAAACGGAGGCAGCCAUUUGGUGUUUGAAACACCUGCUGAGCUAGUCGCCCAGGGACUGUGGGUGGAUUUGUGAGUUUUUUGGACAGUUGUACAGUUGAAAGAGAACUGAUAGGAGUUUUAUAACAACUUUACAAAGCUCGUUCUAAGACUCCCAUUAGAGCUUACUUUUCAAACUAUUACUGAUACUUAUUUUUAUGAAUCAAGUCCUGGAAAAGACACAGUAACUGGAUGAAAUAGUAGUCACAAAAAUAGAAAACUUCUCAAAUGCUACCCCUGUGGUAGAGUCUCCUAAUUUUAUUGUAGUAGGUGUUCUCAGGUCUAAGUUUUGUAGUUUGCAAAUAUAUUCAUUACCAGACCUUUAGAUUCUCAUCAAGUUAGUGUGUAUUUUGUUACUUUUUUGAACAGCAAAAUAAUUCCACUUAAAAAUUUUGUAGCAAGAAAUAGACUCUCAAUUUACUUGAGAUUAGUGCUUCUUUAAUGAUAAAAAUCAUUUUACCAUGUUAGAAGACACCUUUUCAGAAGAAGAUAUCUGGGGAUACAAAUCCAAAAGAAAACCAAAAUCAGUCCCUGCAAAUAAUUGCUGUGAGAGUAUUCCAAAAUCUGUCAAGAAAGCAACAGAUGGAAAGGAUCGGUCAAAACAAAAGAGAAAGAAAAGGACUGUGGGAGCUAAAGAGAAGGUGAAGGACCCUGAAAUGUGCCUUGGGGAAACAAACAGUCAGGUUUCUGUCGGUUCCAGUCAGAAUUCCAGCUGUGAAGAUGGUAUCCAGCAGUCCCAAGGCAAGGAGCCCACCCCAGGAAAGCACAGUAGGACCAGCAAAAACAAACAAGUGUCUCCAAAGAUACGUCCAGUGUACGAUGGACACUGCCCCAACUGCCAGCUGCCUUUUUCCUCGUUACUAGGUCAGACACCUCGAUGGCAUGUGUUUGAGUGUUUGGAUUCUCCAUCAGUCUCUAAAACAGAGUGUCCUGAUGGCCUUCUGUGUACCUCAACAAUUCCUUCUCAUUAUAGGAGAUACACUCACCUCCUGCUAGCUCACAGUAGGGCUGGUAGCAGUCCUUUUCCGAGCCCAUCACAGGGGUCAGGUGGCAGUUUCACUGAGACUAAUUCAGGCUUUCUCUGUAACUGGGAGGAAGGAUGGUCUCCAUAUCAAAAACAAACUGAGAAUGUAAAAGUUUCAGUUGAUCCCUUGUUGGUGCCAGAGUGUCUUAAAAAAUCUCAGUCUCCAGCUGAAACCAAGAAAAAGACUUCCUCUUCAGCAAAUCCCCAGACGUCCCAACGAGCUCUACAAUUCACACAGUGUGUUAGAAACGACAAACUGGUAGGAGUUGGUUCACCUCUUGCUGAAGAAUUAGACGGCCAGCACACAGCACACACACAUUUGCCGUUGCCAGAAAAUGACUUUAGCAGCUGUGACAUUUCCUACUCUCCACUUCAAAGUGAUGAAGAAACUUAUGGUAUGGAUGAAAAGCUGGACGAUUCACAACAGGCACUAUAUUUUACACAAAGCACUGAAGGGGGCAGCCUAGAGGAAGGUGACCACAGCUGUGCUUUGUUGAGAAACUUCCACUGUCCCUUACUGAGGGAUCAGGAGGAGAGCGGCCCUGGAGUGCAUGGCAUCUUAACCCAAGAUAAAUACAAUGAAGAAUUGUAUAAAUACAACACGCUGGACAAUUCGUCUCAACUUUUCCAAAAGCAGAGUAUUAUUUGGAGUCACACUCCAGCGUGUACUGAUGAUGAUUUCUUCUUGUUUCCGCCUGCGUUAGCCGCGGGGCUUGCUGCUGCGAGUUUUCAAGCCCCUAAAGCAAAACCUGAUGAGCCAGAACUUCACUCAUCUCCGUCAAAUAAACAGAAGCAGAUCCUUGAAGAAUCAGCUGUUUACAAUCAAAUUUCACUCCCAUUACUUAAGAGUAAAAUGCCAAAACCUUUGGAAAGCCAGGGAGGAAGGUGUCUUUCUUUCCAUCCCACCCAAAGUCAAAUUAGAGAAUUAUCAAGUAAGAAUCUCAGUGCUAAGAAUAAUACUAACUCAGCAUGUUUCUGCAGAAAGGCAUUCGGUGGUAUGCUAGACAGUCAAGUAGAUGUUUUAAAUUCAGGGACAUUUUCUAGUACACCUACUGCUGCCAAGUCUUUGAAAAUGUUGCCAUUUAGUCCUCAGUGCAGUGCAACAGACCCUUCUACCAAGGUAAUGAAGCAAAUGGAUAUAGGUGUGUAUUUUGGUCUACCACCUAAAAGACAAGAAGAGAAAUUAACGGAGGAAAGUGCAAUAGAAGGGAUGGACUUCAAGCCACUUGUAAGUCCUAAUAAAAAGAGGGCGGGGCAGUGCAAGAGGAAAGCAGAAAAAUCUUUAAGUGAUUUAGAAUUUGAUGCAAAGAAUUUAAAUGAGAAGUGGCAAUCUGUGGAACUUUCUAGUCUGAAAGCACAGCAUCAAAGAAAGAGGCUGAGAAAGUCAGACUCACUACAGGAGCAAACACAGCAGAAGAGGUCAGAUUACAGUAUUAACAAGAUAAAAGCUGGAGCAGGCAAUUUAAGUCAAGAACAAGUUUUCAUAAAGUCAGCUAAUGGCAGGCUGCAGAGAGGCAACCCGAAAAUCCCACAGAUAGCUCAUGCAGAAGAAUUAAGAAAAAGGACUUGUCCAUUCUAUAAGAAAAUACCUGGAACCGGCUUUACGGUGGAUGCCUUUCAGUACGGAGCCAUUGAAGGUUGCACAGCCUACUUUCUCACCCAUUUUCAUUCUGAUCAUUAUGCCGGACUGUCUAAAAACUUCACAUUUCCAGUUUAUUGUAGUGAGAUAACCGGCAAUUUGUUGAAGAGCAAACUUCGAGUGGAAGAACAGUAUAUCCAUCCAUUACCAAUGGACACCGAAUGUAUGGUGAAUGGUAUCAAAGUUACUUUGCUUGAUGCCAAUCACUGUCCAGGUGCCGUCAUGAUCCUUUGUUACCUUCCUAACGGUAACGUCAUCCUCCACACCGGCGACUUCCGAGCAGACCCCUCCAUGGAGCGCUCUCUCCUUGCCGGCCGGACAGUCCACACGCUGUAUUUAGAUACCACAUACUGCAGCCCAGAAUACUGCUUUCCGUCUCAACAGGAGGUUAUCCAGUUUGCCAUCAGCACUGCCUUUGAGGCCGUAACUGUAAACCCGUGGACUCUUGUCGUCUGUGGCACUUACUCCAUUGGAAAAGAGAAAGUCUUCCUAGCCAUUGCUGAAGUUUUAGGUUCAAAAGUAGGCAUGUCUCGAGAAAAAUACAAAACACUACAGUGCCUCAAUAUACCAGAAAUGAAUUCCUUCAUCACCACAGACAUGUGCAGUGCUCUCGUUCACCUUCUCCCGAUGAUGCAAAUUAAUUUUAAGGGUUUACAGCGUCAUUUGAAGAUGUGUGAUGGGAGAUAUGAUCAGAUUUUGGCUUUUCGACCUACAGGAUGGACACAUUCUAAUAAAUUAACGAGUAUGACAGAUGUUGUACCCCAGACCAAAGGAAAGAUCUCAAUAUAUGGGAUUCCUUAUAGUGAACACAGCAGCUACCUAGAAAUGAAACGUUUUGUUCAGUGGCUGAAGCCCCAGAAAAUCAUACCUACCGUGAAUGUUGGCAGCUUAAAAUCUAGGAGCACAAUGGAGAAAUAUUUUAAAGAAUGGAAAUUGGAAGCCGGAUAUUGACGUUCCCUCAAAGGACUCGGGAGUAGUUAAGUAACUUAGGUAUAGCUUGUUAAUAGUUAAAUAUUUAAUGAUAGGAGAUACACCUCAUGUGAAAAACCUCAUGAAGGUCACUCAUGUAGCUUAUUUGAUUGUUUACAUUUGAACAGCAUGUUCAUGGUGCCUAGCGCCUCUCAGCACCGUCAGGGGUAACUGAGGCUGGCCUCCCUGGCACCCUCGACUCUUGCUUGCCCUUUUCAGUGGGGGCAGUUAUACUCUGCAUCCAGACUUAACCAAGGAAAUAAAGGCAGGUUCAGGGACCAAAGGGGGUCAUUGUAAUGGAUAAUUAGAUUGGAAACAUUAUAUAUAAAUAAUUAUGUAUCUUUAAAGUUAUUUAAUAUGGGGCAUAUUUGUAUGAGCUAAAGCUUUUAUAUAUGGAUAUGUAAAAAUAAAAAGUUCUAAACUUGCUAUAUAGUGUCUUGGUUUUUAGGAUUUAUAACUGCCUUUCAUGCGAUUUUAUAAAAUUCCAGUAGAAGUAAUUCAACAUUUUAUUCUGAAGAAGAUGAUUCAAAGAGCCAAGAUAAUCACCCAGUAAAAGACGGAGGAAAGUUUCCCUGAAUGAUGUUUAUCUGAACUGUUUACUGAAGAUACCAGAUAACUAAAAUUUUACACUGUGGUGUUUUUUAAAGUAAGAUUAUAUAAUUUUUUAAUGAAUCUUUAUCUCUCCAGCACAGAUUAAAUAACUGAUUCAAAAUGAAAGUUUUAGGCUAAUGCAUGUUAAAAAUGUUUUUAUUGGGUUUAACUGUGAAAAUGGCUAACAUAAUGAAUAUAUGUGUAUGUGUGGAUUUGAAUGCUUACGUUACCUCUAUUUGUGGCAUUAACUUGGGGAGUUCUCAGGAAUUUUUCCAUGGGCAAUUAUUUUCAGUAAUGAUUGCAGGCACCAGAAGGACGGAAUUCUCCAUGAACUUUGUUUUCAUGAGCUUGGAUUUGACUUUAUUGUGGAGGUCAGGGUCGUAGGGGUCACAUUCAGGGGAGGAAAGGUUUUCAGGGGCACAGCGGUAAUGAAUUCAGUUUAACUAUGUUCCCAGUUAACUUCAGUAAUAUAUUUAACAUAUUUUAAUUUGUUUGGACGUGGUGCCUUAAGUGGUGCUGUUUGUGUUCAAAGAUGCUUAUGUACUGAAUGAAGGCUGAGGCUGCCCGUAACUAACAGGCCCGGAUUAUCAAAGGGAAACAUUCAAAAUCAUUACCAACGAAUGAAUAAAAAUUCAAGGGAAAAAACUGU